AUGGGGGCAUUUGGUUAUGGGGUUUAAAGCAGAACAGUUGCAGAAAGGCCAAGGAAGUUUCUCUACUCAACAAAAACAAAUCUUUCUGAGCCAACAAUCAUAGUACCUACUCUGCCUCUGUAACCCACAAAACAAGCAAUUCUCUCCUACUUUUUCUUGUGUUUCUUGUACUUGGUCUGUAAUUUGAGGCUCUUAUCUCCAUGUCUAGUAGUUAAGAGAACGAUUACAUAGGCUUAACAGACGCUUCUUCAAUGGAGAAAAUCUCCUCUUCCUCAUCCUCCUAUACCCGUUCAAUUGAAGACCACAAUAACAACAACAAAGCUUCUCUUAACUUCAGAGAAACUGAGUUGAGACUUGGCUUGCCUGGGUCUCAAUCUUUUGGGAAAAAGGUCUUACUUUUUGGCAAAGAUUUGGAAAAGAGCACCAAUGGGUAUCCAAUUAGCCCUUUGAAGAACCUGGUACCCGGGGCUAAAAGGGGUUUCUCUGAUUGGGUUUUUUCUGGGAGUAAUGGAUCUGAGGCUGAUACGAGAAAAAGUGGUGUUUUGUUGUCUCCAAAGGGUGGUUUUGAGAGUUCACUUGCAAAGACUGGUUGUAUGCCUCAUUCUCCUAAGCCAGUUAAAGAGAAUGAUAGUGACAAAGUUCCUUCAGCAAAUGAGAAUACUGUUGCUCCAGAUGCGAAGGCACAGGUGGUAGGAUGGCCACCAGUUCGAUCAUUCCGUAAGAACAUCAUGUCCUCAAAUUUGGCAAAGAAUAGUGAUGAGGCGGAAGGGAAGUCAGGAUAUGGAGGCCUUUAUGUAAAGGUUAGCAUGGAUGGUGCUCCAUACCUAAGAAAGGUUGACUUCAAAACAUACAGCAACUACGCGGAGCUUUCAUCAGCUCUUGAGAAGAUGUUUGAUGGCUUCACCAUUGGGCAAUGUGGUUCGCAUGGACUUCCUGGGCAAGAGGGCUUGAGUCAGAGCCGUUUAAUGGAUAUUCUCCAUGGAUCUGAGUAUGUUCUUACAUAUGAAGAUAAGGAUGGUGAUUGGAUGCUUGUUGGUGAUGUUCCUUGGAAGAUGUUCACGGAGUCAUGUAGGAGACUGAGGAUCAUGAAAGGUGCAGAGGCGAUUGGGUUGGCUCCAAGGGCCAUGGAGAAAUGCAAGAGCCGAAAUUAGUGCAAAAUAACAUUGAAGACCUGGAAAAGAGACCCCCCUCUACCACAUAUUCAAGACGAGAGAUCUUAUAGGUUUAGGUUAGCAAGACCAUGAAUCAUUUGUAAUCUUCAAAGGUGCAUCCAGUGAGUGUUAUAUUUAGCCUGUCUGGUCUAUUUUUCUUUGGCUUCCCGUUUACCCCUUAUGGUGUAUUUUGACGGCUGUGUAAAUGUGGCACUUGCACAAAAUGUGUUGUAUGCUAUCUUUACCAUCCUAGCCAUUUCCUUCACCUUAUUGAAGCAAAAUUCUUCGUCUA